UCCCGUUCUUACUCACCAUCCCAUCCGUACUCUCCAAUCUAUCUUCAUUUCCAUUUCUCUCGCCUUUCCCUUUUUGGCCGCAGAUUUUCUGCAAACCCCCUUGCCUCCCUUCCCUUUCCUUGUCGUCUUCGCUACUUAAUCGGCGGCUGUUCCUUGUCGGUAGUUGGUUUUUUAUUUUGCGCAAAGGAGGAUCGGAUCGGAUCGAAUCCGACCGGUUUUGCUUUGGAAAUUGGGUUUGGUGUAUUUUGUUCGAUUACGGAAGGCGGUGCUUCUGCUGCUCUGAUUGCGUAUGGAAAUCAAACUUGCCGUUGCUAUUUGUGCUUUUUUCCCCUCUUCUGCGACGGUUGGAGAGGAUUCUGAAUAACGGAUAAAUUGUGGAGUCAAAACCAGAAGGUGAAGGCUAAAAAGUGCUGCAACAUCUGCGAGGAUGAAGAGAGGGAAAGAUGGGGAGAAGAUUAUGGAGCCUAUGUUUCCUCGGCUUCAUGUGAAAGAUACCGAGAAGGGAGGGCCAAGAGCGCCUCCGAGAAACAAAAUGGCGCUUUAUGAGCAGCUAAGCAUCCCUUCUCAUAGAUUCAGUCAUGUGGUGCUUCCAUGUGAUGUGAAAAACACUUCCCCGGCCGAUUCGGCGCCUCCGAGGAGUCAGGUUAGCGGAAUUGAGAGGAGCAUGUUUUUGUCUGGUCAGCUGCCUUCGAGACUACCAUCUAAACAGCAAGGCAGCCAAUAUUCUGAUUUGAGAACUCCAUUAGCACAAGUGGAGAAGCGAAAGAAAUUGGAUGAAGAUGACUAUAGAGUUCCAGUUUUUGAUCACUCCACAUCUUGUCAGGACUUUGAUAAGUUUAGUAAUGACGUCAAUCGGGAAAGUCUUUCGCCUUCUGAUACCCAUAGUUCCUCUCACUCGCAAAAGGCGCAGGAAACAGUCACGAUUGAGCAUGGUAUGAGGCAAGAAGUCCAAAACCAGAAGGAAAAUGAUUCACAAGAGUUUGCGGCUGGUUGGGGUAAAUCCGUUUCAUAUUCAUCAUCCAUUGGGAAGUCUCAAGGUCCCAAGAAGCAAGCAAUUUCUUGUUUAAGUCAUGAACCUGGAAAAAAGCGUAGAAAUGAUAUUGACAGAUUAACAGAAAAUGAUAGUCUACAAACUGAGGUCAGUACGGAUUCACGACCUUCCAAUGGUGUACACAUUAUUGUGGAAGAAAAUAUGGCAGCAGUUGCCAGGAGAAAUUUACAAAAUUCGACGAAAGGUUUACCUUCUGGAGAUUGUGAUAUCAUCCAUGAUGUCAGUAAUGACUCUGAUUCUAAUGACUUGGAGAGGGUCGACAGUGUUUCCGAAACUUCCAUUUUGGAUGCCGUAUACCCUGUGGAUAUAACACCUGAUGAUGUCGUAGGCAUAAUAGGUCAGAAACACUUUUGGAAAGCCAGAAGAGCAAUUGCCAAUCAGCAAAGAGUCUUUGCAGUUCAAGUAUUCGAGUUGCAUCGAUUAAUCGAGGUUCAGAAGCUGAUUGCUGCAUCACCGCAUCUUCUGCUUGAGGACUCCGCGUUUCUUGAUCAACCUUUUAAACCUUUGCCCGAAAAGAAGACACCAGCGAAACCUCUUCGAAACCCCGUCAAGCAAAAAGACGAACCCAAGAAGCCGAAAGACAAGAACUCACCUUUCUCCUCUACUCAGAAUCGAGCGCCGCCUGCUAACUGCCAACCUCAAGAAACAUCUGCCAUGAACGGCGACCAUAAUAUGAAUCCAUGGUGUUACAGCCACCAGCCUCCGCCGCCGCAAGGGCACCAGUGGUUGGUUCCUGUGAUGUCUCCUUCCGAAGGUUUGAUAUACAAACCGUACGCCGGACCUGGAUUUUCUGGCCAAGGUUGCGGUGGCUGUGGCCCUCCCGGGUCGAUUCCGAUGAUGGGCAACUUCUUCACUCCGGCGUAUUAUCAGCUACCGUCGUACCCGCACGGCUAUUUCCCGCAUUACCCAGUGCCGGUUAUGAACACAGCUGUUUUCUCUGGGUCGUCGAUCGAACAGACGAGUCGAAGGAAUACCGCCGCUGCCGCCGCCGCUGCCGCCUCCGGGGCUGUUGUAGACGCCUUGGAGUCGCACGUCUCCGUGGACAUCGAAGUGCAGGCAAGCACCGGAAGUAGCCCGAGCGAGAGAUGGCGGGGCGCGGCGGAGGGAGGGGAUGUGGUUCCGGUUUUUGUGACGUCCUCGUCGAAGCACCACGCCCCAACGACGGUUAUCAGAGUUGUGCCGCACAAUGCCGUGUCGGCAUCGGAGUCUGCCGCGAGAAUCUUCCGGGCCAUCCAAGAAGGAAGAAAACAGCGUGAUUGAUUGUCGAUCGAUCGUCGAUUGUUUGACCGGGUGUAAGUUGGAACUGGAUCGAAUGAUCCUGUCCGUCCAUCCAUGGAUCCUUCGGACUGAUUUGGUGUUUGUGACGUAGUGUUGAAGAGUGUAUUGUGUUGUGUAUACACUACACUCGUUAUAUUUGUUUCUUCACUGUUUAUUUUUGUGCUCAAAUGCACUUUUCCUUUCGUAAUCGACACAUUGCAGAGCUGUUUAUUGCAAGAUUUCUUCUAUGUUUGUGAGGUAGUGUCAAAGAGUGCUUUGUGUUGUUACACUGCACUCAUUGUUUCUUCAAUGUUUUUGUGCUAAAAUGUACUUUUUCUUCU